GAGGAGGAGGAGGAGGAGGAGGAGGAGAAGAGGGGUCAAACAUGGCCAACUGUGUGGCUUUCCAGAGCAAGUUAACCUCGAUCAUGGAGAUGCUGGCCCGGGCCGCCGUGCUGGAGGUGGGCCGGCUGUGGGAGGACGGCUUCGCGCUGGUGCAGGCGGAGCUGCGCCGGAGGGAGGCCGAGAUCCAGGCCCUGAACCGGAAGCUGGCGGCCAUGGAGCGCGAGCGGCCCGCGGCGCGGACCGGAGAGCCGCCCGGCGACGGGCCGAUUAUCGACUCGGUCCAGACGCUGUCGUCGGAGCGGAGCGCCGUAGAGGCGCCGGACGCCUCGGCCAAUCACAGGACGACGCCGCCGCCCCCUCCGGGGCAGACGGAGGAGGGGCCACGCGAGCGCCUCAAGUCGGACGUCGGCGAAAGCGACGAAGACGACGACCUGAUCGUCAAGCUGGAGGACGACGACGACGUGCAGAUCGUGGACUCGGUGGCCGGCUGCGGCGAAGACGAGGAUGAUGGCGGCGGCGAAGACGAGAUGGAGCUGGAGAUCCCGCCCGCCGAGGUCUCGGAGGAACGGGAGAGCCGGCGUUGGUCGUCCGUCUCCGUGGGCGACAGCGACCACGACGACGGCGCCGGGGACUCGGACUGCUUCUUCGAGCCGAGGCGCCAAAACAUGGACUCUGAGAUCCUGCUCAUCCGGAACGCCUUGGACAUCUUCGAUAAUUCGGCGGCGUACUCGGACGGCGGCGGCGGGCCCGGCGCGGCGAGCGAGUCGUGGGCGCUCCCCUCCCCCGCGACCUUCAACCCAGCGGCGCAGAGUCGGCCCGCGGACGCACCGGGGAACCCCGCGGAGAGAGGCGCGUCCCUCCGCUUCCUCUCGGAGGACAAAGGCGCGGCGGCGUUCCCCCCCGACGGCAGGCUCCUCCUCCUGAGCGACGGCGAGCUGCACGCGGCGGCGGCGGCGAGCCGGCGCCUGAAGGAGAAGUGGUUCAUCUGCCCGUUCUGCGGCAAGAGCUUCGACCGCGUCAGCCACCUGGAGAUCCACCAGCGCAUCCACACCGGGGAGAAGCCGUACGGCUGCAGCACCUGCGGCAAGAGCUUCUCCCAGAGGAGCAACCUGCGCACGCACCAGCGGACGCACAGGGAGGGAGGGGGGCUGACCCACAAUGCAGUGGGGCUUACCCACAAUACAAUGGCGCUUACCCAGAAUGCAGUUUGAUUCACUUUGGUUGUUAAAGAGUGGGAAGAAAACAAGUUGAUGAACUAACAAAUCCCCCUCCUUCUAUUUUGAUAUUUCUGAAGUGAUUUUUAUUGUGCACUUCUUUAUCCUCGUGAGAGAUAAAUGAAACUUUAACUCGGUGUGUGUGUCUGUGUGUGUGUGUCUGUGUGUGUGUGUCAUAAAGAUGUUUUGAGAGCAAG